CAGAUCACGUGAUGCAAGCGCACCUGUAGAGGCCAGGUUUGGAGUACCUGCGCGCUGGGCGUGGAUGGAUGUUGGUUUGCGACUGCGCAUAUUUGGCUUGUUAUUCUUGGACGACGCCACUCGGUUGUUCAGGAUCAGCUUUAUCACAAGGAGGAUUGUGCUUUUUUCUAAGAAGUUUGAGAUCCAGAAUCAUUCCAGGAUGCCAAGCCACCGGCACAGCAACCAUCUGUACCCACCAAGUGGAAGUAAACACAAACAUAGGCACAGUGAGCCCAUGUCAAACCCAACCUUCUCCUACUAUAAAACAGACAAGAACAUUCAAUUCUAUCGCUGGACUUCCCCCCCAGGUGUGAUGAAGAUACUGUGCAUUAUCAUCGUCAUCAUGUGUGUGGCCAUCUUUGCAUGUGUGGCCUCAACUCUGGCAUGGGACUAUGACAUGAGUGUCAUGGGAGGUGGAACUGGCCUGAUGCCGGGUUUAACCGGUGGAUACGGCAGCAGCUACAGCAGCACUUACGGUGCUGGUCUUGGUGGCAAUUCUGGCAGCUAUGGCUAUGGAGGAACACAAAUUGACCCCAAAUCUGGCAAAGGCUUUAUCAUUGCUAUUGCAGCCAUUACUUUCAUAGCCACACUGAUCAUAUUUAUCUUGGUGAUUUCAAGGCAAAAUGCAGCCCGGUCUUCAAAGUUCUACCUAGCAUCCAUUAUUAUCUGUGCCAUUUUAGCAUUUUUGAUGCUUAUUUCCACCAUCGUCUACCUGGUGUCAGUGAACCCAACUGCACAAUCCUCAGGGUCUAUGUUAUACAACCAGAUGAUCCAGUUAUGUGCACAAUACCAGACACAGACUCAGGCCCAGGGUAUCUUCAUCAACCAGUACCUUUACCAUUACUGUGUGGUGGAGCCCCAAGAGGCCAUAGCAAUUGUCUUGGGCUUUCUGGUCGUUGUUGGCCUCAUCAUCUUACUGGUGUUUGCUGUCAAGACUCGCUCACUGAUCCACCGCUGGGGCCAAGACCGAAUUCUCUGGGAGGAAGUGAAGAUUAACUCUGCUCCCCACAACAGUGUUGGAGAGUGGGUAAGUAGGAAUGGGAUAGA